AUGAAGAUGGCCGUCGGAAGUGUCUACAUAGAAGGGGGAGAGUUGUUCGAAAGGAUUAUCGACGACGAUUUUGUUCUAACGGAGAAGGCCUGCAGUAUCUUUGUCAGACAAAUCUGCGAAGGACUCGAAUACAUGCAUAGCAAAAAUAUUCUUCAUCUGGAUAUGAAACCAGAAAAUAUAUUAUGCGUGACUCGAACCGGAAACAGGAUUAAAUUAAUAGAUUUUGGUUUCGCAAGGAUAUUCGAACCGGACAAAAAACUACAGGUGCUGUUUGGCACGCCCGAAUUUGUGGCACCGGAAGUUGUUAAUUUCGACAUGAUCGGUUACGAAACCGAUAUGUGGAGUGUGGGAGUCAUAUGUUACGUCCUAUUAUCGGGAUUAUCGCCAUUUAUGGGAGAUAAUGAACUGGAAACGAUGGCCAACGUUAUAUUGGAUCAUUAG